CGAUGACAAAUUGCGUCGACGUUCCGCUGACCGGUUAGACGGGUACGUACGUCCCACGUCACCGCGUAUCACGUACGUACGGUCGCGGCGUGCGCGCCGAAGCGUUUGGACGGGAUUAUUUUCGUGCGCCCGCCGUAUAAUCGCCGCCGUCGUAAUAUUAAUAAUAAUUGUCAUAAAGCGGCGCUGGUGUAAGAAAAACUGCACUGUUGCGUGUGCGCGCAACGGCGACAGAUCGCGGUCGUCGGUGUCGCGGACAACGUCUCGCUGGGGACCAGUUUCGCCGAUCAGCGCCGCUCGCGGUCGUCCACGGGUAAAUCGAUUUUUCCAUUAAUAUUAUUAUUCUCCCCCCCCCCCACCACUCGCUGCCCCUUCAAUGCGCCGCGGUAACCUACAGCGACAUUGGUAAGUGGCCUAACCGACUACCGGAUAAUCAACGCCGUCAUAGAACGGGAAUCGUCAUCGUUUUUUCUUAAUAAUACCAACCUACUCCGGGUUGAUUUUACAUUUCUAGCGGUUUUUUUUUUUUACUUUUCAUUUUCGCGGUCGUGAUUCGAUCCGUACAAACCGCCGUCGACGCAUCUUGGUGUCUCGCGGGUCGCUAAUAAUAAUUGUUAAGUAAAGACAGGUACGUAUCUACCCAUCACCACAGACGUAGAUUACCAUAACCAGUACCCAGGUAGCGAACCCGGGGGCGGUGAUCAUCGUCCUCUCCCCCAACUUCCCCGUUCGCCCUCCAACAAUAUUCUCUUGGCUCGAUUUGUACCGUAAAUGUGUGCCUUUACCGCCUUGCGUUAUACACAUCCCUUCCCGUUCCAUCGAACCGCUUCCGGUAAUGAUAAUAGACAAUGUUGUCGUGGAAAACAAUACAAUAGCUGGUAUAUUGUGGUGUCAAUACUAGUGGUAUCAAUGCACGUUGGCUGGUAUUCUGCCUGCGAUAAUGCAGUAUCGUAACCGAUAAAUGACCAUGUAUCGUGCAACAGCUGCGGGCGCGAUGACGUUUUUUUAUUUAUCGUAUUAUUAAUGUUUAUCAUGCGGCCAUCGUGUUAUCAGUAUAUCGGUGAUAAACGACUAAAAAUCGAAAUACCCUCUCCGGUUUAGAAAAUUUCGGCAAUAAAAUAAUCCAAAACGAACGGACAAACGGACAAACAAGCAAUAAUGUUUCGGUAGUAUAUUUCCCGUGGGCCUAUACGUACGUCCAACGAAACGCCCGUCAACGGGACGUCUCCGUAGACACGAAAACGGCGGACGGCAGUCCGUUAUCCCGCCCGCUCUCGCUGUCCGGCGGGCCAACGUUCUUUCGCGCGCGACGUUUGUUCGUUAGUUUUUCGAUAGGCCGGCCGGUAGCGGUUGUCAGGUGCCCGAAAAACUAACACCCGAGCGGUGGAUGUACCUGCGUACGCGGUUUUUUAGACGCCGGUGGACGGGGUGUUUACGUGUUUGGCCGGUAAAUCAUCGCCGCCGUCUGCCGUCACCUCCACCGCCAAACUGCGGUUUCACGUAACGUACACUGUUCUGAUGCAUAUAGGUAGGUAUAUAAUAAUAUAAAUGUUUUUUGAAAUUUGUUCAGCUCUGCGUUUUGCACCGCACCGGUCGCCACGGUCCCAUAUAGGCUAAGAUACUAAACUCAGAUCCUCCGUAAGUAUAGAUCGGUCAUAAUAUACAUUAGCUUCAUAAUGUCAUCUUUGCCCGCACUUGCCAAAAUGAGAUUAAAAACUCCUAGUUUAUUUAUUUAUUUUCAAGUCAACAUUUCCAUAAUUUGCAUUACCUAAUUUUAAAUUAGGUAUUAUAUGUCGAGUAGAGGAAUAAAUAGUUGUUACCUAAGCCAUAAUAUUAUUAUAAUAGGGUGCAUUUAUAGGUGCUGAUAGUCUUAAUUAAACUUGAAAAUUAGUAAAAUUUUUAAAUGACUUUGCACAACUAUACACAAUGUAUGUGUAGAGUUUUACAGCAAUUCUUUACUUUUCUUUUAACUAUAAAAUACAUUUGUAAGUACAUCAAUUCUGUAGACAAUUUCUCUCAAAAUUGAUGUGCUCCCUUGUGCUAUACAGCCGUGUGUAUGGUUUCAAAAAUAAACAAAUUUAUAAUUUUUUUUUCAGUUCAUUCAUUGUUUGAAUACACUGAACAGAAUUUUAUCCCAGGACAAUGUCAAUAAGUAGUGGCGGCAGGUUUUUCACGGUCGCUCUGUUUGCCGUGACAUUCAGUGUUACGCCAAUACUCACAGAACGUAUCGGCCUGUAUGAGGACACCGACCUAAUGGAAAUACUGGAUGUAAACAAUUUUUAUGACAAAGUCAUUAACGGAAAUACUUCAUUUGUUGUCGAAUUUUAUAAUGCUUUUUGUGGACAUUGUAUGCGGUUUGCAACCCCAUAUAAAGAAUUUGGACUUCAAGUUUAUGGUAAACAACAAUUUUUAAAAUGUACUUAUCAAAAUUACCUACACCAAUAUAAGUUUUAAUCGCUAUAUUAAAGUUAUAGUUUGGCUAUUUUAUCAUUUGGUUGUUUAGUAUUCCCAAUGAUAACGCUUAAAACGUGUAUAUUUUUUUCAUAGAUUCGUCACGUUAUUUUUUUGACACAUUCAAUAAUUAUAUAAUUGUGCAUAUAAACAAGUGUUUUUUAUACAUAAUGAUUUAAAUACUUUACUAAGUUAGUUUUUAAAAAUUAUCUAAUUAUGUAAUUAGUGAACAACUAACUGAUGUGAACAUUUUUAGUACCUACAUGGUUAAAUUAAAAAUAAAUCUUUCAGAUAAUCAGAUAAAAUUACCUUAGUUUUCCUCCAUAAAUCACCUAUAAAAGUACAAUAUUGUUGAAAGAGAUAGAUAAGACUUAAUAAAAUACUUUAUGUAAAAAAAAAAAUAAUACAUUAUUAUAUAGUUACUUUUAUGUUACCAAAUUUUUGAUUAUUAAUUAGAUUAUUAGGUUAAUAUUCUUACAAAGUAUAGUAUUUACAUACACUCUUAUACAGGGUGUCCCACAAAGAUAUCUACAUUGUAAUAUCUCCAAAGAUAAUAAAGAUACUUAAUCAAAUUCAGUUUUUUUUUUUUAUAUAUUACUCACAAGGACUGCAAAUAAUUAUAUUUGAUUUUUUAUGUUUUAGUAAAAAACUUAAACAUAGGUAGAUAGCAAUUUUAUAGAGUUUAUUCUUCAGAAAAUGUUGACAUAUCAGAAACCUAAUUUAUUAUUAUCAUAUAACUGUUUAUCAUUUAUUGUCAUCUAUUUAGUUUAUUUUAUUUUUUAUUUUAUUAUUUAUUUGUAUGUUUAUAUUUUUGGAUUUGAUCUGUUACCACCGACACAGAUAUGCAGAGAAAACAUUUGUAUAAUCAUUUAGCUAUAAUAAUAAUAUUCAAUAAUAUUGGUAUAAUUAUAGGUACUUUUUUUGAACUUGAAAAAUGAUUAAAACUCACAAAUUCAAUGAAAAUGAAAAGUUAAAAUGUCAAAAUUUUCAGAAAAAUGAAUUCUUCAGGGAGAUACCUUGUUUAAUAAUACUAAUUUUAAGAAAAAGGCUUUCCUUUUGUACCACUGGUAGGAAUAUUACCAGAGAAUAUUUUUCUAGAAAUUAUGAUAUGCAUCACACUAAUAUUAGAUUUGAUAUUAGAUUGCUUAUUGAUAUAAUAAAUUGCCUAUCUAUGAUCUUUCCCUACUUCUCCGGUCUAAACUUUAAAUUAUUAUAACUUAUAAACAGUAAAUCUGAUAUUAGUGUGAUGUACAUCAUAAUUUCUAGAAAAAUAUUCUCUAUUCAAAUCAGUGUUUAAAAUGAGGGUUCCUAAUGGAAAAUCAAAAGUAUGCACUUAUUUAAAGUAUAUGGAGGUGAGGUAAAAAUUAAAAAUGGUUUUAAAAUAAAGCUUAAACAAUUUUAUAAUGAUUAGAAAAAACAGAAAUUAAAUUCACUUAAAAUUCUCUGAGAUAAUUACUGAUUCAUGAUAAAAAAAAUCACCUGUGUAGCCAUCCUUAGCUAUUAUAUCUAUUUUUUUCUUUAUCUGUUAAUAGUUUGAUUUAAAUUAUAGAUGUUUAUUUGAUUAUUAGUUUUGUUAUUAGUUUUAUUGAAAAAAUAAAUCUGUCAAAUAAUAUUGGGUGGGAAAAAUGUUAUCAGUUCAGCAAAAGAAAAAUAAUAUUCCUGAUCAUAAGUAGUUUACUUUUAAUAAAAUGUAAUGGUGUUUUGUUUAAUAUAGGUACACAUUUGAAUAAUUAUUUUGAUGUUAAAUAACCUUAGUGGUUUGAAACUUAACUAUUUUUCCAAUUCUAAAUAUUUCUGGAAUUAAUAUUAUGAAAACAAAGUGUAGUCACAGAUAUAAUAUAUAUUAAAGAAUGAUAAUAAUCAGAAUAUUAAUUAUAUCAUUUUGUUUUUUAAACUUUGUAUUGUUGUAUUGUAUACAAAUUAAAGUUUGUUUAAUGAAUUUUUUUUUUUAUAGGAUGGAGAAAAUAUGUUAAAGUUGGAGUAAUUGAUUGUUCAAACCAAUCAAAUAGUCAAACUUGUCGAAAUUAUGAAGUAAUGGCCUAUCCUACAGUACGUUAUUUUCCUCCUCAUCCACCAUCAAAUUAUAUUGGAGAAGAUUUUUUUAGAUCUAUGAAUCCACAAACUAUGAAAACUGUUCUUAUCAAUAAACUUAUAGAAACUCAGAAAAAUGGAAAUUUAUCAUUCCUGUGCGACAUACAACCAUAUAAAAAUAAUCUUGUAACACUAGAUUCUGAUAAUUUAUUGACAUUUGUCAUAAUCGAUACAGCAGAUAAUAAAGUUGCCCAAGAACUUAUUAUUGAAUAUUGCCCUGUGAAAAAAGUUAAAAUAAUAUAUGCAUUAAAUAAUAAUACAGCAUUAGUUGAACAAUUUAAACCUAUAAGUUAUCCUAGUCUAUAUCGGGUUACAAAUAACAAUCAAAUAGUAUUAUUAGCAAGUGGUAAUAAUAAAACUCUUUUUACUGAAUUCAUCAAUUCAGAUCUUCAUACAGCUCAUCUAACACCAUUCAGUAUUAUUGAUAUUACAACUAAAAUAUAUAAUAUGUUAUUCUCUAGAGGUGAAAUGCCUAAGGAUAAUGCAAUAGUUUAUUUAUCAGAUUUAGAAGCUACUAUGAGGUAUUCCUUGGACCACGAAGUCAUAUUACGUAAUGCUAUUUCCGGUGAUGCGUUGAGUGCAUUAAAGUCCUAUUUAGAACUUCUUAUCGAAUAUUUUCCCACAAGCAUAAGAGGUAAAAAAUUUUUAAAGGUAAUAUCGGAACACAUGAGCAACAGUGAAUCAGUAUCUGGAGAGGAGCUAGGAAAUUUUAUCAAUAAAUAUGAAUUGUUUUUAAAUCCAUACGUGACUAAAUUAAAAUGGAUUGGAUGCGAAGGGAGUCAUCCAAUGUAUAGAAGAUAUCCAUGCGGUUUAUGGACUUUGUUCCAUACACUUACAGUGCAAGCGUCUACAAAGAACUUGCAAGCAUUUAAUGGUGAACAAGUUUUAAAUACCAUUGCUGGUUAUGUUAAACAUUUCUUUGGAUGUACAGAAUGUUCUGAACAUUUUAUGCAAAUGACCACUACUAUAAAAAAUAAUGUUUCAUCAUUUGACGAUGCAGUGUUAUGGCUAUGGUCAGCUCAUAAUCAAGUGAACCAAAGACUUGCGGGAGACGUUUCCGAAGAUCCUAUGCAUCCUAAAAUAUUAUUCCCACUAAAAGCACACUGUGAAACAUGUCGCCAGAAUGAUGAAUGGAAUAAAACUGAAGUUUUAGCAUAUUUGAAAAGAAUGUAUUCCACAAUCAGCAUUAAACAGACACCAAAUGAUAAUGUUAAUAUUGAACCGCUUAAUAUGAUAGCAAGUAAACAUUUAAUUGACGACAGCAAGUAUAUUGUAUUCGAUGAAGAAGAAUGGAAGAUAGACGUUAGCACUUGUAUGAUAUCAUACAUUCUCUCCUGUCUGGUUCUAAUGGUCCUAUUUUAUUUAUUGGUAAUUAAGAAACGAUGUAAAAAAAAUAAGUAUAUUUAUUUUAUACUAGGUAAAGUUUGAAUGUCAUUAUCACACCAAUGUUUAUUUUAACUAAAUAAAAUUACUUUAUUUUAUUAUUAUGUUUUUGAUUCACAAAAUAUUAUAUAUUAUAUAUUUUUAUAUUACUUAAAUUAAAAAAUUUACAUUAUUUUAACUAUGAAGGCUGUGUUUCAUUAAAUCUAUUAAAUUAAUAACACAUAUUUUUUAAAUAUAUUAUUAUAUAAUUGCUAGGUACUUGCAUAAUAUUUUCAAAAAUAAUAUAUUUAUUGGUUGAAGUUUAACUUGUCUAAUAAUUUAAUAUCAGUUUAAAUUGACAUAAAGUAUUUAAUAAGUUCUAUAUUUUUGUUAUUCGUGUAUAUUAUACAGUUUUAUUAAUAGAUAUCUAAAUCAUAGAAGAGCACAAGAUUAUUAUUGGUCUACAGUCUUCCAACAUUUUUAAAUUUUUAAAUCAAAAUAUUUUAAUGAAAGUAAUUGUACAAUUUUAGUCAGAAUAGUGCCAAAAUGUAUUAUAUCAACCCAAAGAAAAUAUUUUUAUUUUACUUAAUAAAAAUAAAAACAGUUAGCUAUGCUUUAUAUUAUUUAUACUGUUUUUUUUUUUUAAAUGAUCUUUACUAUCUACACUUAUGUGUUAACCAAUUGGAUAAAACUUAAAAAAUUAGGCACCUGUAAGUAGGUAAUUUAGAUAGAAUAUAAGAUAAAGGAUGGCGUUUGUGAAAAAGAGUACAAGUACAAUUUUGUUAAAUUUUAUAUUCAUCACAUUGAUUUAUUGAGAAAUUUUAUGACAAAUUGAUUGUUUGCGCUGAAAUGAGUUUAUCUGAUUUUUAAUACUUUGAGCAUUUAGGCAUAAGCUAAGGUAGGAAAACCCAUUUGUGUAAAAGGUUAUAAGUCUAUAAUAGUAUAUUACCUAUUUAGUUUUUUUUGUCCCCUGAAAAGUUAUAAAAUUUGACUUGUACUAUUUUUAUAGACGUCAUCAAACU